CAGGCUGUGAGGUGACACGGAGCUGUGCCUUGGGAAGGGGUGAGGGCGGCAAGUAGCCCGCAGGGCGGCGGCGGCGGCGGCCCCCUAUAUUUAUUUCCUAUCAACCACUGAUGAAGAUAUAUCUGUGUAUGUGCUGGAGUGACUGCCAGAACUCCCCUUUAUUGGCCAGAGACAGUCCAUUUGGUUCACUAAUUUUUGUUUUCCCUACUGCUUUGAGCUUUACUGUAAUGGCUGAAAAACUUGGAAAAUAAAAUGAACGUGCUGUGGUCUUGAACAUAAUUUUUUUGAGGAAAAAUUAAAGUGCCAGAGUGAAAGCCACAAUGGCAUCCAGAGAGAGGCUCUUUGAACUUUGGAUGCUUUAUUGUACGAAGAAAGAUCCAGAUUAUCUGAAGCUAUGGUUGGACAAUUUUGUUUCUAGCUAUGAACAGUUUUUAGAUGUCGACUUUGAAAAGCUGCCUACCAGGGUAGAUGAUAUGCCUCCGGGAAUAUCUCUGCUUCCUGAUAAUAUUCUUCAGGUUCUGAGGAUCCAGCUACUACAGUGUGUAGAGAAAACAGCCGAUGGUUUAGAGGAACAACAACAAGCCUUGUCAAUUUUGCUUGUCAAGUUCUUCAUUAUUCUUUGCAGAAAUCUUUCAAAUGUAGAAGAAAUUGGGACUUGCUCUUAUAUUAACCAUAUCAUCACCAUGACAACACUCUAUAUUCAGCAAUUAAAAAGCAAACAAAAGGAGAAGGAAAUGGCAGAUCAGACAUCUAUUGAAGAAUUUGUGAUCCAUGCAUUGGCAUUUUGUGAAAGUUUGUAUGAUCCAUAUAGGAAUUGGAGACAUAGAAUUUCGGGACGAAUCCUUAGUUCUGUGGAAAAGAGCAGACAGAAAUAUAAGCCAGCUUCUCUCACAGUGGAGUUUGUUCCUUUCUUUUAUCAAUGUUUUCAGGAAAGUGAACAUCUCAAGGAAAGUCUUAAAUGUUGCUUACUACAUCUCUUUGGAGCCAUUGUAGCCGGUGGGCAGAAAAAUGCUUUGCAAGCAAUUUCUCCAGCCACCAUGGAAGUUCUUAUGCGAAUUUUGGCAGAUUGUGAUUCUUGGGAGGAUAGAGAUCCUGAAGAAGUGGGGAGGAAGGUAGAACUAACUCUGAAGUGCCUUACAGAAGUGGUACAUAUCCUUCUCACUAGCAGCUCUGACCAGCGUCAAGUGGAAACCAGUACUAUUUUGGAGAACUAUUUUAAGUUCCUCAAUUCAGAUCAUUCUGCUUUACCUAAUAAAAAGAGAUCCAGACAGUGGGAAAGCCGGUUUAUAGCUCUACAGAUCAAAAUGCUGAAUACCAUCACAGCCAUGUUAGAUUGCACCGAUAGACCUGUUCUUCAGGCCAUUUUUCUUAACAGUAAUUGCUUUGAACAUCUCAUACGACUGCUACAGAACUGCAAGCUACUUUUAAAUGCUAACAAUAAGGUGGCAGACAAGAAUGAGAAAGAUCUUGCCAACAAAUUACUGACAGAAAUGAAUGAGGACCAGGUGUUUCAGGGCCAGUUGGAUUGCUUGGCAGUAUCAACUAUUCAGGCUCUGACAGCAGUAAUGAACAAAUCUCCAGCUGCUAAGGAAGUAUUCAAAGAAAGAAUCGGUUAUUUACAUAUGUUUGAAGUUCUAAAAUCUUUGGGUCAGCCAUCACUGGAACUGCUUAAAGAACUUAUGAAUAUGGCUGUAGAGGGUGAUCACACAUCAGUUGGGAUUUUGGGCAUUAGUAAUGUCCAUCCUCUCUUGCUUCUUAUCCAGUGGCUUCCAGAGCUAGAAUCCUAUGACCUGCAAAUCUUCAUUUCUGAUUGGCUGAAAAGAAUUUGUUGUAUUAAUAGGCAGAGUCGAACUACUUGUGUCAAUGCAAACAUGGGAAUUAGAAUAAUUGAAACCCUUGAAUCCCAUUCUUCCCUCCAUCGACUGUGUGCUGAGAACUUGAUUGCAAUCCAUGGUUCCCUGGGGAGUCAGUCAGUGAGCUUAGAAGAAGUCCGUCGACUCCUAAGAUUGCUGAGAGUGGAUGAAUCUGCAUGUAUACACUCAUACACCAUUCCUGUGACUCGAGCAAUCCUGACAAUGGCCCGAAAACAAAGUCUAGAAAGUGCCCUUCAGUAUUUUAAUUUAUCACAUAGUAUGGCAGGAAUUUCUGUUCCUCCCAUACAGAAAUGGCCAGGGUCUGCAUUUUCUUUCAGUGCUUGGUUUUGUUUAGAUCAGGAUCAGGUGACUCUUGGCAUUGCUAACAAAGGAGGAAAAAGAAAACAGUUAUACAGCUUUUUUACAGGAAGUGGCAUGGGUUUUGAAGCUUUUAUUACCCAUUCAGGUAUGUUAGUUGUGGCGGUGUGCACAAAAAGAGAAUAUGCAACAGUUCUCCUUCCUGACCACAGUUUCUGUGAUUCUCUCUGGCACAAUAUAACAAUUGUUCACAUGCCGGGAAAAAGGCCCUUUGGUCAGAGUCUUGUCUAUAUCUAUGACAAUGGACAACAGAAGGUCUCUGCCCCUCUCAGAUUUCCUGCCAUGAAUGAACCUUUUAUUUCCUGUUGUAUUGGUUCAGCUGGGCAAAGAACCACCACUCCUCCACCAUCCCAAAUCCCAGAUCCACCAUUUUCUUCACCCAUUACCCCUCAUCGGACAUCAUUUGGUGGAAUUUUGUCAUCAGCCUCCUGGGGAGGUACAAUUGAAAAAUCAAAAUCUGUUACCAAAUUAAUAUCAGCUGGAACCCAAGAUAGUGAAUGGGGAUGUCCCACAUCCCUGGAGGGCCAGCUAGGUUCUGUUAUCAUCUUCUAUGAAGCACUACAGCCGCCUCAUGUGAAGGCAUUAUAUUUAGCAGGUCCAAAUUGUUUAAGUCCUUGGAAAUGUCAAGAGUCUGAUAUGGCUGACCUGCCUGGUAACAUCCUUCUUCACUACACAGCAAAGGCCUGCAAAAAUUCAAUUUGCCUUGAUUUAUCUACUAAUUGUUUACAUGGAAGAUUAACAGGAAAUAAGGUAGUGAACUGGGACAUUAAGGACAUUAUCAAUUGCAUCGGUGGAUUAAACAUACUCUUUCCUUUAUUGGAACAAAUCAGCUACUUUAAUGAAGGACAGAUGGCUGAAGGAAUGAAUGAAAGCACAGUUCUUGAAUUGAUAGCACCCAUAGAAGGAGAGUAUAUAUUGGCCUCCACAAAAGCAUCAGAGUCCAGACUAGAAAAAAAUCUAGUUGCAACAUUUAUCUUGAUUAUGAAGCACUUUAUUCAGAGACAUCCUAUCAACCAGGACAAUCUUAUUCAGUCCCAUGGAGUUGCAACUCUUGGUGCCUUACUUCAGAAGGUGCCAGGCACCUUAAUGGAUGUUAAUGUAUUGAUGGCAAUUCAACUACUAAUUGAACAAGUAUCAGUAGAGAAAAAUAUGCCCCUGCUGCAGCAAAUGUAUCAUUAUUUACUCUUUGAUUUCAAUAUUUGGAACCGUGGAGAUUUUCCCUUUCGAAUUGGUCAUAUACAAUAUCUUUCAACGAUUAUUAAAGAUAGCAGGAGAGUUUUCCGAAAGAAGUAUGGUGUGCAGUUCCUCCUAGAUACACUUAGGAUUUAUUAUGGAUGUGGUUGUAAAUAUAAUGAACUAUCUCCAGAUGAUAUUCGAACAAUAAGGACUUCUUUAUAUGGAUUAAUUAAAUAUUUUCUGUGCAAAGGUGGAACUCAUGAAGAAAUACAAAGUAUUAUGGGUUACAUAGCUGCUACUAAUGAAGAAGAACAGCUCUUUGGAAUUUUGGAUGUAGUCUUUUGUCUACUACGUACCAGCCCAACUAGAGGACAGCUUUUCUUACUGCUGUUUGAACCAGGAAAUGCUGAUAUACUUUAUGCCUUGCUGUUAAAUCAGAAGUAUUCGGACAAAUUAAGAGAAAUCAUUUUUAAGGUUAUGGAACAAAUGUUGAAAUGCACAAAUGUGUAUGAACGAAGUAAACAACGUAUUCGACUUAGAGAAGUUGGCUACUCAGGAUUGGGACUCCUUCUUAAUGAAUCACUCAUUAAUACUGCUCUAAUUAAAAAUCUUACCAAUCAAAUCAUAAAUACAGAUCCUGUUAUUAAUUUCAAGGAUCUGCUAUCUGUUGUAUAUAUAUCACACAGAACAUAUAUAAAUGUCAGAGUGGUUCUCUGCAGAAAGAUUUUACAGAUACUGAAGACUCAGCCAGAUGCAGCAUAUCAGAUAUCACAACAAGUGGGUUGGCAAGAUACUUUGGUCAGACUUUUUUUAAAAGCAGAUUUUAAAAAUGGAAAUUUUCUUCAUAAACAUUGUAGGAGUGUUUUAAUGAAAGAAAAUAAAAGUCCAUCUGGUGAAGAUACUAAUGGUAACUUUGAAAAAACAGAUGAAGAAAAAUUCAACUCUUUUACCUCAGCUAAUAUGUCUUCAGAUUAUUGGAGCACUGAGGAUAAACACUCUCUAGAUUUAAACACACCAUUAUUUCAAGAAGAUAGUUCUGUGGGAGAACUGUCAUUCAAAUCAGAUAAUCAAGAAGAAUUCUGGCACAGUAACCCUUCACAUUUGAGUUUAGAUCUUACUGGAAUUGACUCUUGUGAACCGAGUGAUAGUAGAAGCCAAAUGGCAGACAGCCUACCUAGCACGCCAUCUCCCAUAGAGUCUAGUAAGUCAUUUCCUGUGCAGUCUGACAAAGAAGGUAGCAUCACCAACGAUAGCGGCUUUAGUGAUGACUUCUCUUUACUGGAAAACCAGGAGAGAUGUGAGGAAGAACUUAUUCAAUUGCUGACAAGUAUUUUGAAUUACAUAAUGUGUAAGGGACUAGAAAAGUCUGAUGAUGAUACUUGGAUUGAAAGAGGACAAGUGUUUUCAGCACUGACGAAACCAGGAAUAUCUAGUGAGCUACUUCGACCAUCAGAUGAAAUAAAACUAAUUUUGCUACAGAAAAUGUUAGAGUGGGCAGUCACAGAAAACAGAGAAGCAAAAUUUAAUCUGAUAACUGCUGAAAAUGCCUUCCGACUUACACUGAUCAUACAAGACUUUCUAUACUCUGAGGGACUAGUCAAUUCAAACAUGUGGGCUGAGAAGCUGUUAGAGGAUAUCAUGCUACUCUUCGACUGUCUGUCAUUAUGGUAUUCUGAGAGUCCAGUAUGGGUAAAACUCUCUCAAAUUCAGAUCCAGUUGCUUUUGGGAUUCAUUGAAAAGGGAAGUUUGCAGGUUUGUGCAAUGGCAUCAGCUAAGCUAAAUACCCUUCUUCAGACUAAAGUGAUUGAAAAUCAGGAUGAAGCAUGUUACAUUUUAGGAAAGCUAGAACAUGUUCUCAGUCAGUCAAUCAAAGAACAAACUGAAAUGUAUUCAUUUCUGAUUCCCCUUGUUCGUACUCUGGUUUCAAAAAUUUAUGAGCUUCUCUUCAUGAACUUGCACCUACCUUCUUUACCUUUUACCAAUGGUAGUUCCUCAUUUUUUGAAGAUUUUCAAGAUUAUUGCAGUUCAAAUGAAUGGCAAGUUUACAUUGAGAAAUAUAUUGUACCUUACAUGAAGCAGUAUGAAACACAUACAUUUUAUGAUGGUCAUGAAAACAUGGCACUUUAUUGGAAGAAUUGUUAUGAAUCCUUAAUGGUGAAUAUGCAUAAACGAGAUCGAGAAGGAGGGGAAAGCAAGCUCAAAUUUCAGGAAUUUUUUGUGGAGCCAUUUAAUCGAAAAGCACGCCAAGAGAACUUGAGGUAUAAUAAUAUGCUUAAACAACUUAACAGCCAACAGUUGGCUACUCUUAGAUGCUGGAAGGCAGUGCGGCUCUAUAUCACAGGCGAAAGAGGUCCUUGGGCGGAAAGGAAACAGACUCCAAUUCACUGGAAACUAGCUAAUGUAGAAAAUUAUUCCCGCAUGAGACUCAAACUGAUGCCAAAUUAUAAUUUCAAAACACAUGAAGAAGCUAGUGCCUUAAGAGAUAAUUUUGGUGUCCAACAGUCACAACCUUCCAGUGAUUCGUUGCUUUUGGAAGCAGUAAAACAAGUUAAAGUUAGUGAUUUGGAGGAGGAUAAAUUAGAACUUCUUGAAGAAGACUUAACAGCCAAAGUAUAUAUUGAUGACAAAGAACAGGAUCAAAAAGAAAAAUUGGUGUUGACAGAAGACUGUGAACUCAUUACAAUAAUUGACAUAAUUCCUGGCAGAUUAGAAAUCACUACUCAGCAUAUUUACUUCUACGAUAGCAGCAUUGAAAAAGAAGAUGGAAUAGGCUUUGAUUUCAAGUGGCCUCAUUCUCAAGUUCGAGAGAUUCACUUACGGCGUUACAAUUUAAGGAGAUCAGCUCUUGAGAUUUUCCAUGUUGACCAAUCCAACUACUUUCUUAAUUUCAAAAAAGAGGUUAGAAACAAAGUAUAUAGCAGACUGUUGUCCCUUCAUUCUCCAAAUAGUUAUGGGACGAGAUCACCACAGGAGUUAUUCAAAGCAUCAGGACUGACACAGAAAUGGGUUAACAGAGAGAUAUCAAAUUUUGACUAUCUCAUUCAAAUAAAUACCAUGGCAGGAAGAACCUAUAAUGACCUUGCACAAUAUCCUGUGUUUCCCUGGAUUUUACAAGAUUAUACUUCAGAAGAGUUGGAUCUUAAUAAUCCUGCUGUAUUUCGAGAUCUUUCUAAACCAAUUGGAGUAGUUAAUGAUAAAAAUGCCAAAGCCAUGCGAGAAAAGUAAAUAUGAAAAUUUGAGGAUCCUAUGGGAACUGUUGAUAAGUUUCAUUAUGGUACUCACUAUUCCAAUUCUGCAGGAGUCAUGCACUAUCUUAUCCGGGUAGAACCAUUUACUACCCUCCAUAUUCAGCUUCAGAGUGGAAGGUUUGACUGUGCUGACCGACAGUUCCAUUCCAUUCCUGCUACCUGGCAAGCGCUCAUGGAUAAUCCUUAUGAUGUGAAAGAACUUAUUCCUGAAUUCUUCUAUUUCCCAGAGUUUUUGGAAAAUCAAAAUCAAUUUAAUUUGGGUCGUCUUCAAGUCUCCAAAGAGCUAGUAAAUGAUGUCAUUCUUCCCAAAUGGGCUAAAUCAGCUGAAGAUUUCAUCUGUAAACAUAGAAAAGCUCUGGAGUCUGAAUAUGUUUCAGCUCACCUUCAUGAAUGGAUAGAUCUGAUUUUUGGGUAUAAGCAGAGAGGUCCAGCAGCAGUGGAAGCACUUAAUGUUUUCUAUUACUGUACUUAUGAAGGAGCUGUUGAUCUGGAUGCCUUAACAGAUGAAAAGGAAAGAAAAGCCUUAGAAGGGAUGAUUAAUAAUUUUGGGCAAACACCCUGUCAGUUGUUAAAGGAACCACAUCCUCCUAGAUUAUCAGCAGAAGAAGCAAUACAGAAGCAGACCAAGACAGACACAUCAACUCUCAACCUAUUUCAACAUCUCCCUGAACUCAAGUCAUUUUUUAUAGAGGGCAUUAGUGAUGGUAUUCCACUAUUAAAGGCCAUUGUCCCCAAAAAUCAGUCUCGUUCUUUUAUGUCUCAAGGCAGCCCUGAGUUACUGGUAACAGUGAGUAUGAAUUAUGUUAUUGGAACCCAUGGAUGGCUGCCUUAUGAUAGAAACAUUUCUAAUUAUUUUACAUUCAUCAAGGAUCAAACAGUGACAAAUCCAAAAACUCAACGUAGUAUGAAUGGUCCUUUCGCUCCAGGGCUGGAGAUUACCUCCAAGCUGUUUGUGGUUUCACAUGAUGCAAAGUUGCUCUUCAGUGCUGGACACUGGGAUAAUAGCAUUCAAGUGAUGUCACUUACAAGAGGCAAAAUUAUCUCACACAACAUCAGACAUAUGGAUAUUGUGACUUGCUUAGCUACAGAUCACUGUGGAAUACAUUUGAUUUCCGGUUCCAGAGAUACUACAUGUAUGAUAUGGCAAAUAAUAAAUCAGGGAGGCACUCCUGUGGGCUUAACAUCUAAACCUCUUCAGGUUUUAUAUGGACACACUGAUGAAGUAUUGAGUGUGGGCAUCAGCACAGAACUAGACAUGGCAGUGUCAGGAUCAAGGGAUGGCACUGUGAUUAUACAUACCAUUCAGAAAGGUCAGUACAUGAGGACUUUACGACCACCUUGUGAGAGUUCCCUAAUCCUGACCAUUCCCAAUUUGGCUUUAUCUUGGGAAGGACAUAUCAUUAUCUACUCCAGCAUUGAAGAAAAGACCACCCUUAAGGAUAAAAAUGCACUGCACUUGUUUUCUAUAAAUGGCAAGUAUUUAGGGUCUCAAGUCCUGAAAGAACAGAUAUCAGAUAUAUGUAUAAUUGGAGAACACAUUGUCACAGGCAGCUUACAAGGGCUCUUGUCUAUAAGAGAUCUCUACAGCUUGACUCUGAGUGUCACUCCAUUAGCCAUGAGAUUGCCUAUCCACUGUGUUUGUGUGACCAAAGAAUACAGCCAUAUUCUUGUAGGUUUAGAAGAUGGAAAAUUGAUUGUAGUGGGUGUUGGCAAGCCAGCUGAGAUGCGUUCGGGUCAGCUUUCUCGAAAAUUGUGGGGAUCUAGUAAGCGACUCAGCCAGAUUUCAGCUGGAGAAACAGAAUAUAAUACUCAAGAUUCCAAGUGAUUACUUUUCUAUCCUCCCACGAUGAAUAACUGAAUCUUUAUUUACUGCUUUGUAAUCCUAACCACAUCUCUCCACUGUCCAAAGGCCUUAAGGCUUUUAUCCCUAAAAAAGUAAUUUAGAGAUUACUAUAAUUUGGUACAUUAGGUUGUUUUAUUACCAACAUUCAAAAUUUGUGGUUAACAUGGAAUUGAGGCUCAUUAACUAACCCUUGGUCUAUAUACUAAAUUAGAUUUGAGAAAAUGUAUUUGAUUUAGCUCAGUGACUCAUUUCUAAAGAUCAUUAAAUACAUUUUUUAAACUUCCAAAAUUAAGAAAUCAUGUUCAAUUCAUUAAUUUUGAAUAGAAAAAUGAAAGGUAUUUUUAUUAAAAUAGUAUAGAUAAUAGGACCGUUGAGAAAUGUGGCUUUUCAUUCCUUCUUUAAUCAUUUUCCUAUUUACUACUACAUAAGUAAUAUCAGUUCACUUAAGAACCUUCUGAUAGAAGUAAUAAAUUUUAAGGUACUGCUGCACACUCGGAUUUUCAAAAGUUCCAGUUUAUGUAGUAAGAUUAUAAUCACAGUAUUGAAACUGGCAGUUGGUUCAUCCCACUACUAUUUAACAUACUAGUAAUGAAAAUUUAUUGAGUUGUAUUAUUCUUUUUAAAUAAUAAAAAUUGGGUAGGAAAAAGGGAAACUGGAGAUGCAUUUCACAGAUACAGUUCCUUAAUAGUAUAUUUAAGCAAGAAUGCUGACUGUGACUUUGAAGAUUUGUCUUUUAAAAGUAGCAUAUGUAGUACAAUUUACAUUGAGAAAUUCAAAUUAUCUUGACUUUUUUUCUAGUAAGUAUAUACUAUGUUUUGCUCUAUAAUUAGAAGAAUUAGUAAUAAUAUUCAGAUAUACAACUUUCAUAUGUUGAAUGCAUUUUCAGGAAAGAAUGAUUUCAGAGUUUCCUUAGUCUGUGAACAAUGAUAACAAAAGACUUCUCAAGUUUUUGUUUGUUUGUUUGUUUGUUUUUGUUUUUUUUGUGCAUGUGAGUGUGCUGGUACUGGGGCUUGAUCUCAAGGCCUAAUGCUCUUGCUUGGAUUUUUUCUCAAGACUGGCACUUUACUUGAUCCACUUGAUCUACUUGAUCCAUUUCUGGCCUUUUGCUGGCUAAUUGGUGAUAAGAGUCUAAAAGACUUUGCUGCCCAUACUGGCUUCAGACCACAAUUCUUAGACUCUUCUUCCUGAGUAGUUAGGAUUACAAAACACUAGCUCUUAAAAUAACAAUACUCUAUUUUAUUCUACAAAGCAUGGAUUUCUUUAUACCCAAUUGUCUUCUCAAUUAAAUCUUGGAGAAGAUAUAUUCUCUUUACAUUCCUUUCUCUAGUGGACUUCACAAAAUUAAAAAUUUCAAGAAAUAAAGUAUUCUAUGUAGGGAAACUUUUUAAUAGUUUGAUUUGUUUUGAGUCAGGAGUAGUAAUCAUUUUAUUUAUAAUAAAUUAAAAUCCUUUUAUUUAGGAAAAAAUAGCUAUGCAUUAGUCAUAUUACACUGAAAUCAACUGGUACAAAAAUAGAACAUGUAAAUGUGAAGGUUUUAUUUUUCUGGAUACCUCUGGAAUUCCUAACUUUUAUAUUCUGUUAAAAUAAGCAAAUAUAACUAUUAGCUGAGCAAUAAUUUGCUCAUUUCAACAUUAUAAGUCCACUGAAUUAAAAUCACUAUAUACAUUUUCACUUAUUGUGGUGUAUUUAGAUGUUAUCUAUAGAAAUGAUUUCUUUGUUGUACAGUGGCAGAAAUUAAAGUGUCUUUAAAGUGGAAUAACAGCCAGACAUUUUAGUUGAAGAAUGUGAGAUUUCAGCUUGGCUGUUACUAAGUCUUUUUUUCUUCCAGAACUGUACAUCUGGGAUAGUUGAAAUAAAAAUCUGAGCAUCUUUAUGAGGGGGAAAAUUUAUACUAAGACAAUGACUUUACUUGGGAAGAUGAGAUAAAGUAGUGAGACAUAAUAACUAUGAGCACUGAAGAGAAUAAAAUAACUUUAUAAAAGGUUUGAUGACCCUCCUCAAUCAGUAUUUUGUAGCCAUUUAGAUAAAAUUGGAGGAGAAAAGG